AUGAAAAUUGUGGUCGGUCUUCUCAUUUCAAACAUUUGGCCCGCAAUCGCCACUCUCAGCUUUUCGGAGCCACUGACACCCCGAGACCUAUCACGUUCUUAUCGACUAGGCUCGGGAAGCUUUUGGCCAUGCUCCUCUUCGCAGGUUAAAACAAUCAAUGGUGCGAUACAACGUGCCAAGUCUAUGGCAUCCGCAGCCAUCGCCGCCUUGGACGACAACGGAGUAGAAUCUUUAUCCUAUUUGCAGUGGUUUGGUCACGAAAAUGCUUAUGAGGUAAAGCGCCAGACGAUCAGGGACCACCAUUAUCGAUCCGUCAUUUCAGAGCUUCGAGAACCCAGGGAUCGAGCAAUAAGAUAUUUUGAGGAUGCUCUUGUGUUUGCUUGUCCCUCGUCAAGUGAUUGGCUGAGCCCGUGCAGUAGGGGCGAGCCAGCAGGUCUUGUCAAUGCCGAAAACUUAGACGCUCGGGUCAAUGCUCUCUACAUCUGCCCUUCAUUCUUCUCGCUGGUUACCCACUCCAAAAUGCUGUCAGACUGGCGAAGAGGGAGAUACUCGCCAUCGAAGGGGCUAGUGCUGCUACAUGAGAUGCAGCAUGCUAAUGCCAUUGUAACCCCAGCCGAGUACUCUGGUGAUAUAGGCUAUUCGGUCUCAGAGUGCAAGGGGCUAAGCGAUAGUGAAAAGGUUAAAAACGCCCAGAACUACGCGUUUUUUGCGUUAGACUCGGCUGUAUAG